AUGUCGGGGACGGAAAUGGCCGCCGCCCCGGGCGGCGGCAACAACGCGAGCGAGUUUGUUCGCAAAUUGUUCCGCAUGCUCGAGGAUCCCUCGCAUCAAGACGUCGCGAGGUGGGGGAAGGAUGGCGACAGUUUCGUUGUCGUGGAGGGUGAAAAGUUCACAAGAUCCAUCUUGCCGAAGCACUUCAAGCACAGCAACAUGUCCAGUUUCAUCCGGCAGCUGAAUAAAUACGACUUUCAUAAAGUGAAGCCGUCCAGCGACAGCGACUCUUCAAAUCCCAAUGGCAAUAUUCUCGAAUUUAAACACCCCUAUUUUAGGGCCGACAGCAAGGAUGGCCUCGACAACAUCCGCCGCAAGGCGCCUGCGCCGAGAAAACAGCCGGCUGCCGAGGAUUUUACCACUAGCCAGCAUGUCAGCGUCAUCUCGGAGCAGCUGACGGCUACGCAGCAACAAGUGCAGCAACUGCAGGAGCUGUAUGCCGACGUGUCGCAGACCAACAGACUGCUCGUCAAUGAGGUGCUGACCCUACAGAAGAUGCUCAACGCCCAGAAACAGGCGCAGUAUGAGCUUCUCAACUACCUCUCACCGUACAACGACAACCGUAACCGGACACUUGUCAACCAGCCGAUCAGCUCCAACGGUACGGCGGACGUGGACGACGCGGUCCCAGAGCUUCGCCGGGCCCGGGAGCUGCUCUCUAGUGUGACGACGGACUCGGUUGCCGAUCGGGAGCUGGAGCGCCUCCAAGGCAUGUAUGGGUCCCCAACAGACUCGGCCACCAUCAUCACGCCCGUGUCGAUGCCGAUGAUGCACGAUCCGAUGACCGAUCUGAGCCGGUAUCCCGUAUAUCCGGUAGGACAGACGGUCGGCAUCGACCCGUUUUCGUCCGAUCACAUCCACAAGAUCCCAUACGCCAUGCCAAAUGAAGGCGCGUCCAUGGGCGUCUCCGAGCCGCCGACUACAUCGGCGCAAGCGACAGCACCCGCACCGGCAGCGCCUGCGCCUGCGCCUGCGCCCGCUGCUGACAAGUCGACAUCACUGUGGGGAUCGAAGAAGCCAUUGGUGUUCCUGGUCGAGGACGAUCCGACUUGCGCCAAGAUAGGAAUCAAGUUCCUCAAGUCGAUGGGAUGCGACGUUGAACACGCGCAAAACGGCGCGGAUGCCUUCAACAGAGUUAGCACGGUCGGACGCGACCAUUUUGACAUGAUGUUCAUGGACAUCAUCAUGCCUCGACUGGAUGGUGUCUCGGCGACCAUGUACAUUCGCCAGCACUGUCCGUCCACACCAAUCAUUGCCAUGACAUCCAACAUCAGACCGGACGAGGUCAACAGCUAUUUUGAGCACGGCAUGAACGGUGUGCUGGCUAAGCCAUUCACCAAAGAAGGCAUGCUCAAGUCGAUCAAGACUCACAUGGCCCAUCUCCUCAAGAACCCGCCCCCCCAGAACGAGGGGGACGGAUCGGGAUAUAUGAUGGGCGGGGUCCCGUUCAUGGGGAACUCGAUGAAAUUCGAGACGUCGACGCCGCCUCCACCUGGGGCCUCGGGCUCGGGCUGGUCCCCGGGUCACAUGGCACAAGGUAGCACAGACCAGUGGGGCGGCUUCAUGAACGGAGGGAAUCAGUACGGCAUGGGCCGUCAUGGCUACGGUACAGCCAUGGAGUCGACGUCGGGGCGCAUAUCGGACCACGACAGCCCGCCCGAAAAGCGACAGCGUUUGAACCAAGGGAAUUAUGGCUGA